AGCGUCGCGCGCUACAACAGUUCUGUUUCGUCCGCGUACCCGCACGACCGGUGUCCGAUCAUGUGCCAUCGAGAGCCCCGAACACGCGCAUCCACGUGCUCGCCGACCGCGUACCCGUCCUCGCCGAUCGCGUUCAAGUCCCAUUACUGAAUACUCGUUAUCCCUCAAUUUGCAUUUUUUACUCCUUUCCUACCGCGGCGGGGUUUACAUAUCUGACUGGACUGAGUUUAGCCCGAGCUCGCAUAUUAACGUUAUGACGGCCACGGCCGCGUUGGGUGUGUUGACGUUGGCCGCGCUUUUGGUCCGAGCGCAAACGUUGUCCAACGGGGUGGACGGCUACUACGCCACCAACAAUCGGUUCUCGAAACUCGACAAAUUCCUGCAGGACAGGAUGGGCCUGGGUGGCAACAGGUCGCAGUCACCGGUGCUGACCACGGACAGGGGCCUGCUGAUGCGGUCCACAACGGCGUCCACCGCGUUGCCCGAGGAUGACGACGAGGGUGGCGAAGACAACGACGACGAUGACGACGACGAAGAAGACGACGAGCUCAAGCACAAGGUGGUCCGAUUUAGACACUGGAAUCGGUCGGACGGAGACAACACCCUCUUCGAUAAGAACAUACAAAAACAUGAACCAGCAAGAACUAUGUCACCUAUAUCAGAAAACAAAUGGAGACUUCUCGGUUCCAGAAAAACAGUCGAAGAAACGUUCCGGAAUUCACAAAGGAUUAGUGUGCACCAAGGCGAAAACGACAACACCGAAGCCUACAAACAUCAAUUACGCAUCUCCAAAGAAGCUUCAUGCAAAGUGCCCCGACCUCGGGUAAUCAAAGCUAGUGACGUCUAUCCCAGUUCCAAUAAAAAAUAUAUACCAUCGUGCACGGUACUUCACGUGUGCGCUGAUGACACUGGAUGCUGCGGCAGUCCUUUGCUGAAAUGCGGGCCCAAGUCCACACAACCUCUGCAUUUGCCCUUUUUGGUUUUUACCGAACCCGGCUUGGGCGAUCUAAAAGGGAUCGAACAGCAAACUUAUCACAAGUCAUUGCUGUUUUACAAUCAUACUGAAUGCGAAUGCCAGUCAAAAGUGGAUGACAUGAUGCCCAGAGACGUUAUGACUUCUUCGGCGUUGGAGACCGGAAUCCUAGCGGCUCCGGUAUUUCACCGGAACGACAACAGCUGCAAAUGUCCUACAGAGUACACGGUGCGGUAUCUAGCCAACGGAUCGUGUUCAUGCGAUUGUUUCGACAAGCAACGCGAAUGUAUUCGGCAUAAGAAAGGCAACAUAUACUUCAACCAUCUAGACAGAUACUGUAUAACCUCAGGCCAAUGUUUGCUGCCAAUGUGCGAGUACGGAGUGUACUCGCACAGAACGGGGCGAUGUCCGAAAAAAUACGAAGCUCAGUACAUGUUGAAAAAGAAGUACUACUUCUAAAUUUCAUAUAAAUAUAUACAGUAUAUAUUAUAUUUAAGACUUGUAAUUUAAUUUAUAUACCUAAUAAUGUGUUCAGUUUUAUUUCCACAUUUUUGUUUAGCUCGUAACUAUUAUUUUUUUACUAAUACAUAUGUAGUAUAAGUAUUCUUAUAAUUUGAGGCGCACAGUGUUAGAAAAGCUUUACCCACGAAUAUAUUGUUUGAAGGAAAAUCCAAUUCAUUUUUAAUAAUCCAAUAAUUUGUUUAAUGACAAUUCCAAAAAAAAAUAGAGUUCAGCCAUUUAUUGGAUACGUUUUUUUAUGUUUAGUUUUGAAACAAUAUACUAUUCUAAAAUGUUUAAUGUAAUAAAACGAAAUUACAUUUUUUGCUGGUUAAGCUUGGUUAGCCCUAUGCGCAUAAUUUAUAUUUUAUACCUGUAUGUGAAAUCAAAAAAAAACCUAUCUACCUAUAUUAAAAAUGUUGAACCUCUAUUGCUGAAAGAGAGUCACCAUUGACUUAUAUUCACAUUUAAAUCGUUUGUACAUUUUACUGCUUUGUUUAUUUAAUUAUUAUUAUUACUAUAAUUUAUUCGACAAGUGUAAUAAUGUUUAUAAUAUUUAUUAUUUUGUAUGAUAAAAAUCAAUUAAUACCUAUUUAAUGUAAGACGUAAGUAUUAGCUAUGAUUUUAUAUUUAUUAUUUAUAAAAAUAAAAUUCAAUAUAAAGAAUUUCAUUUUCAAUUUAUAGUUAAUUUUAUUCUAUUUUUCUUCUACGCCAAGGGAGAGUUCAUCCACUGGUCAUCUAAAACUGCAAUUUACACGCUCUAAAUUCAAGCUUAAUUUGACAUCAUUUACUACCAAAAAAAAAAAAAUAUAUAUAUAUAUAUAUAUAUAUAUAUAAUUCUUCUGUUUUUAAAAACAUUUGAAGUAAUACAAGAUAUUUUUAUUUAUUGAUGUCCCCAUUACUCAACAUCAAAAUGUAUUCUGUCUGUGAGCAAAUAAAACAAACUUCCCAAACAAUUUUCAAUGUGAAAAUUCACUUAUUAUUAGACUACGACAUACCAAUCUGUGGGUCGCAAUAAUUAAUUUAAUUAUGUAUUAAAAUAGUGGACUAAUCACGAGCCACUAAAAUUUGAUGUUUAAGAAACAACUAUUUAAUGAUUUGUUAAGCAUUUAAAUAUAAGCUUAAACGUUUUUAU